AUGGAGAGGGGCAAUCACACGGUGACAGAGUUCAUCCUGUUGGGCUUCACAACAGACCCAGUGAUGCAGCAGGUGCUGUUCAUCUUCUUCCUUGGAGUGUACUCGGCAACCUUGCUAGGAAACAACAUCCUCAUCAUGCUGAUCUGCAAUGAUGCCCGGCUGCACACACCCAUGUACUUCUUCAUUGGAAAUCUGUCUUUCCUGGAUCUUUGGUAUUCUUCUGUCUACACCCCAAAGAUCCUAGUGACCUGCAUCUCUGAAGACAAAAGCAUCUCCUUUGAGGGCUGUGUGGCCCAGUUCUUCUUCUCUGCUGGAUUGGCCUACACUGAGUGCUACUUGCUGGCCACCAUGGCCUAUGACCGCUACGUGGCCAUCUCCUGCCCCCUGCUUUAUGCUCAGGCCAUGUCAAGGAGACUGUGCAUCUGUCUGGUUGUGUACUCCUAUACUGGGGGGUUCAUCAAUGCAAUAAUAUUAACCAGCAACACAUUCACACUGGAUUUCUGUGGAGACAACAUCAUUGAUGACUUUUUCUGUGAUGUCCCACCCCUGGUGAAGUUGGCAUGUGAUGUGACAGACCACUACCAAUCAGUUUUAUACUUCCUAUUGGCCUCCAACAUCAUCACUCCCACCCUGCUCAUCCUGGCCUCCUACCUCUUCAUCAUUGCCGCCAUCUUGAGGAUCCGCUCCACCCAGAGCCGCCGCAAGGCCUUCUCCACGUGCUCCUCCCACCUCAUCUCCGUCGCCCUGUACUAUGGCUCCAUCCUCUAUGUCUACUCUCGCCCCAGUUCCAGCUACUCCCUUGAGAGGGACAAAAUGGUUUCCACCUUUUAUACAGUACUGUUCCCCAUGUUGAACCCCAUGAUCUACAGUCUGAGGAAUAAGGAUGUGAAAGAAGCCCUGAAAAAACUCUUUAAUUUAGCACAGGCUGGUGUUUGA